ACACAGUUACCGAAUUAUUCUUCUUGAAGAAACUAUUAAAUGGUUUACAUCAUUUUUUAAACCCCCAAUUUCAAGAUAAACACCAUACCUAAAAGUCAAUAUCCAAUGAUUUCAUUAGAGAACAUAUAUCUACCCUAACAAAACGGUGGAUGAAAUCAAGAUUAUGUAGAAUCAACAACCCAUUUGUUGGAUUAUUGUAUGAUAAAUGUUUUAUAUUGGCUGAACAAGUACAAGUGAUUUCAUUAUAAAAUGGCACUUACAUAAAGAUACACAACAACUGUAUUCUUAAGGCAAAGAUAUAUUUAAAGAGUCCAUCUAACAAUGGCACAAUUUUGGAAUGGACACCACACAAAUGUAAGUGUUUUUAUGUUGCUGUUAUUAUUGUGUUUAAAUUUACCAAUUGACUCGAGCAGUAAUUCCUGCAGUGUGGAUUUACAUGGUUGUGAUUAUUCAGUUAGUGUAACGCCAAAAUCAAAGUGUAAACCAACUGACUUCCACGAUAUAGUAGAUGUGAAAAGGUAUCGUAUAAAAAGGUCAGAGACCAGUGAAGAUGACAAUGCACCAAUCACGAAAGCAGAAUUCAAAAAACUUUCCAAAAAGGUAUCAAAAACAGUAGACAAACUUUCCGUCAGAGUUUUAAGAUGGUGGCGAAAAUUGGCUCGAAAAAUGGAUGAACUCCAUAACAAGGGCCCUAAAGAACGAUCUCUAGCAGAUACAAACCAUAAUUGUCCAGAACGUUUUAUUGGUAUUAAGGAUUGGACAUCAUGUUAUUUAUUAUCUAAUUUCAACACAUCAUGGUAUGAUGCUAAAGACUAUUGUGGAGCAUUUGAAGGUGAUUUAGUUUCUAUGGGAACCGUGAAAGAACAUUUUCUGCUCACCUUCCUCAUUAAAAAUGAUCCUGACUUAAGAAAAGCAAAUGGCUGGUGGACAAGUGGUAGUUAUUUUAGCAAUAGAAAACAAUGGAUUUGGACUAGUAACAAUUACAAUAAACAAUUCACUUUCAUAAAGUGGGGAGAGGGGGAACCUAAUGAGGAAGCAUCUCAGUGUAUGUUAUUGAAAAAAGACGAUGACCACAAGUGGCAUGAUGAAAUAUGUACAAAAAGAUAUAAUUUUAUUUGUGAGGUUCAAACAACAAAUCAUGUUUCGAAUUUAAUGACAACUUAAAAAAAAAAGAUUUUAAUUAUUUGCUAUUUUAAUUUCUAUUUCCAUGGAUGUACUUUUUUAUGUGUAGAAAGAAAUAAAAUGAUUCCACGUCUUGGAUAAAUGAAUGUUGUGCAAGAACAAGCUUAUUAAAUGGCCACACGGUCAAUAGAACAGAUCAUUAUUAUACAAUCAUACAAUAAUGAUCAAUUCACAGUGGCGUAAGCAUGGUUUUAGAAAGAUGGGGGAGCGGGGUGUCAGAUCUUUAACUUAAUUAAAUUGAUAGUAAAGAGGGGUGGGAGCCUCAGGUAGAGGUGCAACCCAUUACAAACUGAUUGAUUAAGUCCAAUUAACGGAGGAGAAAUUGAUGGCCCAAUGGUUGGGGGAAUGUCUCUCUAUACUAAUGGAUAAACCAUAGUUGAUUCAUCAUAUUAUGAAUAAGUACAGUACAUGUAGCAGGCUUACUUUCUGGUUUUAUAUUAUUCAUAUCUUUUAAACACUUAAUUGUCAAAUAUUUGAAUGUUAACUUUGCUAAAUGUUUCUUAGCAAUAAAUUGUUUUUGUGUUAAUAUA